UAAAAAUUUAAUCACUCCCACCUCAACACCUGGGGCGUUUUUUAUAAGACCUUCUCCCUCCAACAAUCUCCCCCAAAAUUUUCACCUAGAUUCCUCCCACCUCCAUAUCAGUUUCUCACAUCUUCAAUAUGGCUGACGAGGUUUAUGAAGGUGCCAUUGGCAUCGAUCUUGGCACAACCUACUCUUGCGUUGCCAACUAUGAAGGCACCAAUGUUGAGAUCAUCGCCAACGAGCAGGGUAGCUACACAACCCCCUCAUUCGUUUCCUUCACCGACAAGGAACGUCUGAUCGGCGAGGCCGCCAAGAACCAGGCUGCCAUGAACCCCGAGAACACUAUCUUCGACAUCAAGCGUCUUAUUGGUCGCCGGUCCGAGGACCCUAUUGUGAAGAAGGACAUCGAGUCGUGGCCUUUCAAGGUUGUCGACCAGGGUGGGAACCCUGCCGUUGAGGUCGAAUACCUUGGCGAGAGAAAGACUUUCACCCCUCAGGAAAUCUCCUCCAUGGUCUUGAUGAAGAUGAAGGAAGUUGCCGAGACCAAGCUCGGAAAGAAGGUUGAGAAGGCCGUUAUCACGGUUCCUGCCUACUUCAACGACAACCAGCGUCAGGCUACCAAGGAUGCCGGUGCUAUUGCUGGCCUCAAUGUCCUCCGUAUCAUCAACGAGCCCACUGCUGCUGCUAUCGCUUAUGGUCUCGGCUCCGGCAAGUCCGAGAAGGAGCGUAAUGUCCUCAUCUACGAUCUGGGUGGUGGUACUUUCGAUGUGUCCCUCCUCAACAUCCAGGGAGGUGUCUUCACCGUCAAGGCCACCGCUGGAGAUACCCACCUUGGUGGACAGGACUUCGACACUAACCUUCUGGACUUCUUCAAGAAGGAGUUCCAGCGCAAGACUGGAAAGGACCUGUCAGGUGACCCUAGAGCCCUCCGUCGCCUGAGAACCGCCUGUGAGCGUGCUAAGCGCACUCUGUCCAACGCCACCCAGACCACAGUUGAGAUCGAUUCUCUGUUCGAUGGCGAGGACUUCAACUCCUCCAUCACCCGUGCCCGUUUCGAAGAUCUCAACGCCAAGUCUUUCUCGGGCACUCUUGAGCCUGUUCAGCAGGUCCUGAAGGACUCCGGUCUUGAGAAGAGCCAGGUUGACGAGAUCGUGCUCGUCGGUGGUUCUACCCGUAUCCCACGUAUCCAGAAACUUCUCAGCGAUUUCUUCGAUGGCAAGAAGCUGGAGAAGAGCAUUAACCCCGAUGAAGCUGUUGCCUACGGUGCUGCCGUGCAAGCUGGAAUUCUGUCUGGAAAGGCCACCUCCGCCGAGACGCAGGAUCUUCUGCUCCUUGAUGUUGUUCCUCUGUCUCUUGGUGUUGCUAUGGAGGGUAACAUCUUCGCCCCCGUUGUUGCCCGUGGCCAGACUGUCCCUACCAUUAAGAAGCGCACCUUCACAACUGUUGUUGAUAACCAAACCACCGUCCAGUUCCCCGUUUACCAGGGUGAGCGUACUAACUGUGCUGACAAUACCUCAUUGGGCGAGUUUACCUUGGCACCCAUCCCUCCCAUGAGAGCUGGUGAAGCUGCCCUUGAGGUUGUCUUCGAGGUUGAUGUCAACGGUAUCCUUAAGGUCACUGCUACUGAGAAGUCGUCUGGCCGUACUGCUAAUAUCACUAUCUCUAACGCUGUUGGCAAGCUUUCUACCACUGAAAUCGAGCAGAUGAUUGAUGAUGCUGCCAAGUUCAAGUCUAGCGAUGAGGCUUUCACCAAGAAGUUUGAGUCUCGCCAGCAGCUUGAGUCCUACAUCUCUCGCGUUGAAGAAAUCGUCUCCGACCCCACCAUGUCCCUUAAGCUCAAGCGUGGCAACAAGGAGAAGAUUGAAUCCGCUCUCAGCGAUGCCAUGGCCCAGCUUGAGAUUGAGGAUUCCACCCCCGAGGAUUUGAAGAAGAAGGAGCUUGCCCUCAAGAGACUCAUCACCAAGGCCAUGGCUACUCGUUAAUCCUUCUUCCAAGCCUCAUCUGCUAUAAUAAUCGUCCAUCUUGAGACCAGAGAGCCUGCCUUCCGAGUUACCCCCGACCCUUACUUGCUAUUUUCAGUGAAGAAUC